CAAGAAAGAAACAGCUGAGAAAGCUUCAAAUUUUCUAAUGCUUGUGUUUCACUGAUCUAUAUAAUAUGUGAAGCAUUUUGCUUGCUCAUUCAUUACCUAACACUGACAACUCCAUAUCUUCUUACCCUUUUGUGAAUGAAAUAAAAUACCCACAAUGGAACACCCUUCAAAACAGAGGCUUUGACAAUGUGUGUGAUUUGGGUGUGUGUGAAUGAGGUUUAUUUCAAAUGGGGUUUUGUUUUUCUCUCUUAAAUAUUGCUAGGGUUUGAUUUUGGUUCAUUUUGGAGAAGGAAGAGUGAACUUUGGUGAAGGAAGUGACACAACCAAUCAGCAGGGGAACUUGGCAUUUGCAGAGAUGGCAUCUGAUCUUAACAAAACUCUAUCAAAGACUUAUGUUGGUAUGCAGUUGUGGGUACUAAUUGUGAUUGUUCUGGCGGUGACUUUUGUGAUCAUCCUUGGGUUAUCGCUAUGGCUUACUUUUCGAAAGAAAUCCAGAAAGGCUAUUGACAUGCUCCCUGUGAGACAAUUUCCAGUUGAUUCAGAGGAAAUAAAAGACAUAAGAGUCGAUCAAGUUUCAUCAAACAAUGAUAGUUUCCCCACCCUCAUUGAUAAAGUUAAUGACAGGGAAUCUGAGAAGGUAUUGGUACCACAAGAAGAAAAUGGAGAUGAGAGUGUCCAAUCAGGCUCCUUUAAUAUUUUAGAGAAAACUGUAGCAGGGUCUCAGCUGGCUGAGGAAGGAGGCACUGGGCAGGUAUCUGUCUACCGGCCAUCUUCACAUCCUUUGACUGCCCCUUCACCUCUGUCUGGUCUGCCUGAAUUUUCACAACUGGGCUGGGGUCAUUGGUUCACCUUGAGAGACCUACAAUUUGCAACCAACCGGUUUGCCCAAGAUCAUAUUAUUGGUGAUGGGGGAUAUGGAGUUGUUUAUCAUGGUACUCUGAUUAAUGGGACUCCUGUUGCAGUGAAGAAGCUCCUCAACAAUCCAGGACAAGCUGAUAUGGAUUUUAGAGUGGAAGUUGAGGCUAUAGGGCAUGUGCGGCAUAAAAACUUAGUUCGACUUCUGGGGUAUUGUAUCGAAGGAACACACAGGUUAUUGGUAUAUGAGUAUGUCAACAAUGGCAAUCUAGAGCAAUGGCUCUGUGGAGAUAUGCAUGAUCGUGGAUAUCUGACUUGGAAGGCUCGCAUGAAAAUUCUUCUUGGUACCGCUAAGGCGCUGGCUUAUCUCCAUGAAGCCAUUGAGCCAAAGGUAGUACAUAGAGACAUAAAAUCAAGCAACAUAUUGAUUGAUGACAACUUUGAUGCUAAGAUAUCUGAUUUUGGUCUAGCCAAACUAUUGGGUGCUGGAAAAAGUCAUGUUACAACUAGAGUUAUGGGAACUUUUGGUUAUGUUGCUCCUGAAUAUGCCAAUUCUGGCCUUCUAAAUGAGAAGAGUGAUGUUUAUAGCUUUGGUGUUGUGCUCUUAGAAUCAAUUACUGGAAGGUAUCCAGUGGAUUAUGGCCGUCCGCAGCCUGAGGUUAAUAUGGUUGAGUGGCUCAAAAUGAUGGUUCAGCUCAGGCGCUCAGAAGACGUGGUAGACCCAAAUCUUGAGACUAGACCAUCAACAAGUGCUCUUAAACGGGCUCUUUUGACUGCUUUGAGAUGUGUUGAUCCAGAUUCUGACAAAAGACCAAAGAUGAGUCAAGUGGUUCGGAUGCUUGAAUCAGAGGAAUACCCUCUUCCACGAGAGGAUCGAAGACGCCGAAGGAAUCAAGCAGGGGCUACAGAGGCCGAGUUUCAACAGGAGAGUUCUGAUGCUGAAAGGAAAGAAAAUCCACAAGCAAGGUUGAAUACCACAAGGAACCAGCAGACAUAGACUUUGACAAAGUCAUUUAUAGAAUUCAGAUGUAAGCACAAGGGUGUAUCUUAUAUUCUUUUGACUUUAACAAAGUCUCCGGACAGCCAGCCGGACAGUUGAGAUUAAGGGCAGGAAACGAUGGGGAUCCAAAGAAUCCUAUAUGGUUAGUCCGUUAGUGAUUACAUUGUACAGGUCUUUUGUGGGGCUUUUCCUUAAUUUUAUAUAUAUUUUUUUUAUAUUAUAUUUUGAAAAUUAUAGAAUCUUUUGGGUUGUAAGUACUUAUUUUUAGGGUGAAUAUUUCUGGAUGCCACCAUUGGCAGAACAGGAAAAAAAAACUAAAAAUUCAAAUUUUUAUUUUUUGCGUGGCAGAA